AUGGACGCGACAAAAGCGGCGCAGGUCCUGCGCAAGAUCGAAGACCUCAACGAAAACCACGAAAUCUCAAUCAUCAAGCUCAGCGAACCCAUAUCCAGCGCGGGCACACAAGAAUCACGACAACGAACCUCGGACGCAUCCAACGCCUCGCAGGAUGCGACGACGCCAGACAGCCUCGACGCCGACCUGGCGCACUACAAGGAGCUCUUCGCCAAGCUGCGUUUCUCCUACGUCGAGCAGGUGACCAAAGAAAAGUUCAUCCGCGCCAUCGUGGGCGACCCGCCCGUGAUCGUCACGCCGCAGGAAAACCUCGAGCUGGAGAAGGCGAACCUCGAGGCCAAGGCGCAGCUCAAGGCGCUCAAGGUGGAGGUGGCGGACAUGGUGACGGAGCUGGAGAAGAAGGGCAAGGAGCUCGCGAAGCGGUACGAGAGCGUGCAGCUGGACACGGCGAAGCUCAAGGAGCUACCGGACAAGAUUCUCGAGUUGGAGGAAAAGGUCGCGGAGUUGAAGGAGUCACAGGCGCCAGGGCAGAGUCCGCAGAUGAACCUGCCAUUGGCCAAGACGCUCGAGCUGGUCGACGAGAAGAAGAGGCAGCAGCAGCAGCUGGACCGCGAGUUGGAGCAGUUGCAGGCCAGGGUGCCGAGGAAGAGAAAGGAGAUGGAGAGGUUGCAGGCCGAGUUGCAGCCACUAGAGGUCAAGAGGCAGAAUAGCAAGGCCGCGGCGAAAGAGGCGCGGAGGAGAAAGGAGGGCGCAGGCGGUGAUGAAGAUGACCUUGAGGAGCGGGGUCGGUGGUUGAGAGCCAGCGAGGCGGCACUCAAGCAGAUGCUGGAUAUUCAGGGGUGA